UUCAAUAUGCUUUGGAUGCGUCAAAAUCUCUACAGAGCCAAUAUAUACAGCAUAUGUGAUAUUUGUGUUUUUGUAAUCUCAAAAUUGGAGGCAAAAAAUAAUACUCAGGAUGCCUUACUAUCCCUCUAAUUUAAGCAGUUUUGUGUUCAGUGUACUUAAUUUGAGUGUUCUAUUUCUUUUUCUGCACAUCUUUGUACUCGAUGUUGCUUGCAAAGACUUAAAUUUACCUGAGUCGCACGUGGCAUAUCACCUGAAUCGCAUUUCACGUGGUGCACCGGGUUCCAGGGAAUGCUGGGGAUAUGAGGAUGACUGUGAUAGGGACAAUUUUGCUUUUUCUCAGCCUGAAUGUAAAGAAGGACAUUCCACAUAUAUCAAAGACAUAGAGACACAGAAAAAGACCUUCUUCAAUCAAGCGGACUUCGGAUUUGUAAGGCAACAAAUUAGAGAGCAAUCCAUCAUUUGUGAACCUCUAUUCCGAGAUGAUUCUUCACUAGAAUGUUCCAAAUAUCUACGGUUCUGCAAUGGUAGGAAUAUUAUGGUGAAUUUUACUGAUUUCCUUCAUCGACGUGAGCCUGUUCGAUACCACAUGGAUGUCCUGAAGGAGGGCGAAAUUGCUGGCUAUUGCACACUUCAUGGAGAUCGAUUGAAAGAUGAACUGGGUCACCUGAGUCCAUUACAGUCGUGGGCGCCAGAAUUGCGUUUCUUCACCGAGUUACCUCAGCGACCCAUUGAGAGUGGGAUGUGCGACGUGAUCGUGACCCAGCCCACAGUGUUUCUCAAGUUGGACGCCAGUAUCAACAUGUACCAUCAUUUCUGUGAUUUUUUCAAUUUGUACGCGAGUCUUCACGUCAACACUUCCAAUGGGAUUGAGUACGAUCCAUUUGGUCGGGAGAUGAGGAUCCUGAUUUGGGAGACUUACAAGUACAUAUCACCAUUUGCAGAGACUUUUGAGGCUUUUACAGAGAAUCCACUCUGGGACUUAAAUACUUUUCGAGGCAAAACUGUAUGCUUUAAGAAUCUCAUGCUGCCACUUCUACCUCGAAUGAUCUUUGGGCUCUUCUACAAUACACCAAUCAUACAAGGCUGUGAAAAAAGUGGACUAUUUCGGGCUUUCUCAGAAUUUAUUCUGCAUCGUCUGGAAAUUCCACUUCAUCCUCGGAAAACUCGAAAAAUAAGAGUAACUUUCCUUUCACGUGGAACAAAGUACCGAAGAGUCAUCAAUGAAGACCAGCUAAUGGCAAAGCUGCACCAAAAUAAUCGGUUUGAGGCACAAAAAGUCACUUACGGAAGCCAAAUGAAAUUCCGGGAUCAACUGGAAAUUACGCGAAAUACUGACUUAUUUAUUGGAAUGCAUGGGGCAGGUCUUACUCAUGCGCUAUUUCUGCCCAAUUGGGCUUCAAUUUUUGAAUUGUACAACUGCGAAGAUCCCACCUGUUACCUAGACCUGGCCCGUCUUCGUGGAGUACAUUAUGUUACCUGGGAGAAUGAGGAAAAGUUGCAGGCAGAAGAUGACGGCAGUAGCACUGAAAGUGGAGCCUAUGCCAAGUUUACGAACUAUUCCUUCGAUCCUGAUGAGUUCAUGAGGCUUGUGAAUAAAGCGGCCGACCACAUUGAACAGCAGAAUGAGUUCAAAAAUUACUUAAAUCAGUACCUGACACAGAAUGAAAAUCGCGAUGAACUUUGAAAUUGCAUACAAUUUUGUAAUGGCAUUUUUGUGAUAAGAGAAAUAUUUUAAAAUGAUGGACGUUUUUCUGCAAUGGACAUUCCUGACUCUACUUCAUUUUUUUGGGGUUUUAUAGAGGCUUGAUCAGGUUAACCUUGAGAUAAGAUUUGAAUUUUUUUACUUUUGUUCCGAUAAGCAGUGUCACUGUGAAUGAACGACCCAAUAAAAUCGGACGAUGAUUAGAAAUCUGUCUGAUAAAUAAAA